CGCAUUCCUGAGCCUCUCGCUCGGUACUUAAAGCGGGCUGAUGCAACGAUCUCCGCUCAGUCCUAAAAGCUGCCUGACUCUUGACUCAAGUCGCCGAGCCGUUUGUUCGCACACUGCGGGAUUUUUUUUUAUUUUUUUUAAAUUUAUUUUUAUUUUCUUCCUGAUUUGGACGCGAAACAGGGCGUCCAAGCGCGGUUCAUCAUUGACAGAAGACGACUGAGAAGUUGCCUCUGACGACGGCUUUGGCCGGGUUGGACAUGAUGCCGGGACAGAUCCCUGACCCUUCGCUGGCGGCAGGCUCCCUGCCCAGCCUGGGCCCGCUGGCGGGCAUCUCGGCCACCACCCUCACCGACCAGCUGAAGCUGGCGGACUUCCACCAGCUGGGCACCAUGCUGUCGCCGCUGCAUUUCCUCGGUAGGCUGGGGAAGAGGCCGCUGGCCAUCAAGACGGAGAUGGACGAGGACGAGGAGAGAAGGAAACGGAGACGAGAGAAAAACAAGGUAGCAGCAGCGCGGUGCCGAAACAAAAAGAAGGAACGCACCGACUUCCUCCAAAGGGAAUCGGAGCGUCUGGAAUCGGUCAACUCGGAGCUGAAGGCCCAGAUCGAGGAGCUCCGUCUGGAGAGGCAGCAGCUGAUGGUGAUGCUCAACCUCCACAGGCCCACCUGCAUAGUGCGGACCGACAGCGUGAAGACCCCCGAGAGCGAGACCAACCCGCUGCUGGAGGAGCUGUCCGCCGAGACCAAGUGAAACGGCGGCCGAGAGGAGGGCCCAGAAGGUCCUGAACGCCGAACGAAAAACCUGACUGGCAGAACUUUUCUGAAAGAGCACUCGAGCUCCAGGCCGGAGACUUUUGCCCAAAGAGCUGAGGUUGUGGGGCGUCCUCGGCGCUGCUGCAUGGAGCUGGUUCUGUCCAGCCGGGAUGACUGGAAACACCCACUGUGCCUGCCACGUUGUUACUUCAUCCAUCUCUCCUCACAGGGGACCAAUGGAAGCAAGAGACGAUUGCUGGAGAAAAGCCCUGAGGAUUUCACACUAACCGCAACAUGGUGCUCUGGUACCAAAGCCCUGGGUAGACCUAGGAGUUCUGCAGUCUUCCUAUGUAUCCAAGUCAUAUUACACAGGUGUAGAGCUUUUAGGUUUAUAACGCCCAGUAUAAAUACAACAGUGGGAGUUUAUUUUUUUUUAUUUUAUUUAGUGUUUUAUACCCUGCCGGGACGACGGCAGGCACCGGUUGAUCCGAGUCGAGGUGGCGCUGGCGUCAUGAAAAGCACAUAUUCACAAAUUGUUUACACACUUAUUUUUUAGACUUGUGUUUUCAUUAUUGUACUUGUUUUUAUACGGCUUUGUAUACGUUGAACAUAUGAAGUGCUUGUUAAUCACUUGACGUGAUUUUUCUUCUUUUUUUUUUCUUUGUCUUCUUCCAUCUUUCCUAAUCCGCCCCACGUCGGGCAGCUGCGAAAAGAAGCAGCUGAGCGUCUGCUCUGCACCUCUAUCUAUGUACGAACCUGCAUAUCCUGGAUAGAUUAAAGUUUAUUUUCGAACUAAAAGGAA